UAAUGUAUGCGAUGAAACUGUUGUGUUACUGAGAACGCUACAUCGUGCGUUGUUGGCUAUAGUGUUCCUUUUGAAUUUCAGUUGAAUAUGUUCAACAAUCCAAAAACGGAAAAUCUGUAUUGCAGUUAAAACAACUUGGCCCAUACUUAGUAACUUUAGACCAUCUAGAUCACAUCACUGGGAAAGAUCUAUGGUGACAGUGUACAGACAUUUAGAUGGUAGAAGGAAAGAAAAGGUUAUUAAAAGAUGGGCAACUCAGCAGUGAAGGAAUCAGAAGAGCCAAGUGAAGGAUUUCAGAGUCUGAAUUUGUCUCGCAGUGUUAAUCCAGAACAGUUUUUAAAACAUUCAGCUGGUGAAUUUCUUGAGGGUUGUCUCCUAGAGUUACCAUGGGAAAUAUACUACAAUACCAUCUCCAUGUAUGAGGAAAUUAAUGCAAGUUUUAAUUUCAUCAGUGAGAUCCCAGAAGAGCUUAGUCUACAUGUUCCACAUUUAAGGAUACUAAAUUUUAGUCAUAACCAAAUUACAAGUUUGCCACAGUCUUUUAGCUUACUUCUUCACUUGCAAGUUUUAGAUCUUUCAUAUAAUCGUCUCAAAAUUGUGCCUGAGUCUAUAACUGGUUUACGACAACUUCAUACACUAAAUAUUGCCAACAACAAUAUAACUGAGCUUCCAGGAACAAUCUCAAAGCUUGGAAAGUUAAGCAAACUUAAUGUUAGCAACAACAGUCUCCGUGUGUUACCUGGUUCACUUGUAGAAUGCCCAAAGCUGAAUGUCUUGGUGUCACUGGGGAAUAAUCUGAUUCACCCUCCCCAAGCUAUUUGUGACUGUGGAUCUCAAGCAACUCUUACUUUCCUGAGGGAGAGACAUGUUCCAGUUACAUCAACAAGGCCUGCAUUAAAGAAGAAUGUAUUUAUGCGUGUAAGAGGACAACAAGUAUUGGCUAGUGUCGCUAAUCCAGAAUCGGCAAGUACAGAAUAUCGACAAGCUUUGGGGACAUCAAGGACAAAUAAGCGGAAGUGUCCGCUCAUGCCCCCUGUGGAUGCUACUCUACUGAAUCCUGAUCAAUUAAGAGAUAUGUUGCUAGGUCUCAUAUAUGGAGCAGCAAUAGCAGAUGCAAUGGCACUGAACACUGAAAGGCUUUGUGAAGAUGAAUGUCAAUUCUACUAUUGCCCGGAGAACAUCAUGCUAAAGGACAGAAUUUCUGACCAUCUCAGACUUCAUUUCUCACCACAUGACUGGUCUUGUAACACUGAUAUUAUGCUCCUUGUUUUAGAGUCGCUGAUGAGGUGGGGAGGCGUUGUUGAUGAAUUAGAGGUAGCAAGUCAGCUAGAUCAGUGGAGAAUUCAUGGCUAUGUGGAUAUAGAUCCUUCUCCAGGACAUCCGCUUUCUCCAUUCAUGAACCAGGUUAUAACAAUUGAAGGAUACUCUGCAAAUCCACAUGCAACAGCUGAUACUGCAUAUAAGCUUGCAAAAGAGGAGAUUUCAAGAGGUAUAUACAAUGUAAAUCCAAGAGACAAUUCCUGCCUUCCAACAUCUUUGGUCCUAGGAGUACCAAACUUUUACAAGGAAGCUGAAGUGGAGAUGAACUCUGAUAGAAUAUGCAGAGCUACUCAUGCUGAUCCAGUAGCCAGAGCAUCUUGCUGGUUCUUGUCUCUCUUGAUGGCCUCAUUGCUUCAGGGUAAGAUGUGCAGCGGGAAGCUGUUAUAUAUUAAUGUAUUGGAUGAUAUCAAAGAAAAAGUAGCUCAGAAGAUUCUUGAAGAAAAUGACAGAGAAAACUUCCGGAAGGCUUUCACUGAUGUCAGCAAUAAGACGGUUCAAGGAGACGAUGUAACAACUUCAUUGAGUUUAUUGUAUACUGUGAUGAUGAAGGAUAAGUUUGACUUCAAGACUGAGAUUGUGAAUAUUGUUAUGAGAGGAGGCACUGGUGUCAGUGCCCAUGCAACUGUUGUUGGAGGGAUCUUAGGUGCUAGUAUUGGUUAUUCGCAACUACCCCAAGAAUGGCUAGGUGAGCUCCCACAGGAAAAUAUUAGAUUAUUGAACAUUAAACUAAAUUCAUUAUUGGAUUUGUUUGGCUUGCCAUAAAAAGCAGUCAUUUAUGGCUUAAUGUAAUUGUUCAUAUAAUAAAUGAAACAUAUAUAUAUAUAUAUAUAUUAUAUAUAUUAUAUAUCAUAUGUUAUAUAUUAUAUAUUAUAUAUUAUAUAUUAUAUAUUAUAUAUUAUAUAUUAUAUAUUAUAUUAUAUAUUAUAUAUAAUAUAUAAUAUAUAUAUAUAUUUUUUUUUCUUGAAAACAUAUAUUCACAGACCGACCAUAUUGAUCCAUUAAUAAAAAGAAUUAAUAAAAAUGUUGAAGAAUACUUGAUGUCAUGUUAUUUGAAAGAUACAAAGACGAUGAUGCAACAUUUUCAUAAACUUUAGGGUCAGGUCCACAAUGAAAUGGUUUAGGGUUUUACUGUUGUUGCAGUUAUUAUAUAUUAUUUUUUUAUAUAUACUUAUUUUUUUGAAAAAUUAUAAGAAUGUAUAAAAAUAGCCUGGGUUGUAAUGUAAAAAUUAUAAUAAAAGACAUGAUAACAUA